UGUUAGCCUCGUUCUCACAUAAUAACAAGUAUGCUAUGGCGGAAGGUGUUUCCGUCCUCUCUACGAGAAUGAGAGAAAACUUAUUUCAUGGAGAUAAUGUUAUGGAUAAUAUUGAAACUGGAUCUCAGGGGAGCAGAGAUGAAAUUAGUGAUCGAGAUCCUGGAUUUAUUGAAGAUAGAUUUCGUGUGGAUAGGAAAAAGCUGGAGCAAAUGCUUCAACUUGUUCCAUCCAACGAUGAUGCUGACGAAUGUGCCGAGGAGUUUUUUCAAAGGAUUAUGGAUGAAACCAACACACAGAUCACAUGGCCAUCAAAGUUAAAGAUUGGGGCCAAGUCCAAGAAAGAUCCACACAUAAAGGUGAUUGGCUAUCCAGAGAACGUCAGUUCAGCUAAAGCUAAGAUCAUGACGGUCCUGGAUACCAAGAGUAACCGGGUGACCCUAAAGAUGGACGUGUCCCACACAGAGCACUCUCACGUCAUAGGCAAGGGGGGCAACAACAUCAAGAGGGUCAUGACAGACACAGGGUGUCACAUUCAUUUCCCUGACUCCAACAGGGGGAAUAAUAUUCAGGAGAAAAGUAAUCAGGUAUCAAUAGCAGGUCAGCCAGAUGGUGUAGAGACAGCCAGGGCACAGAUCAGGGAACUACUGCCCUUAGUGUUCAUGUUUGAGCUGCCAGUGACAUCACCAGUGACACCCGUCCCAGAUGUGACGUCACCAUUCAUCCAGCAGCUGCAGCAGGCCAACAACAUCACCAUCAACUUCAAGCAGAGGCCCCGGACGUAUGCGGUCAUCAUCAGGGGGUCAGUCCACAGCGCCAAGUGUGUCAAGCAGGUCACAGCACACCUGAUGGAACAGCUGACAGGAAAUGUGAGCCUCCCAGUCUCCAUGCAGCUGGAGAUAGCCCCACAGCACCACAUGUUCAUCAUUGGCAGAGCUGGCGUCAACAUCAAACACAUCAUGCAGCAAACUGGCGCCAACAUCAUGUUCCCAGACCCCAACACAGCAACACCACAGCGCAAGGGAACCGUCUUCAUCAGCGGAACUAUUGAAAGUGUCUUUCUGGCUCGGCAGCACCUGAUUGGUUGUCUGCCCCUUGUGUUGAUGUUUGAUGUGAAAGAAACAAUAGAGCUUGAUCAAGGUAGAAUAACUCACCUGAUGGAAACCUUGGAUGUCUACAUCACUGUUAAACCUAAACCAAAGCAGCCAAGCAAGUCUGUGAUAGUCAAAAGUAUUGAAAGAAAUGCUGCCAACAUGUACUGGACCAGAGAAAUACUGCUGGGUCUCAAGUCUGAUGCCAACUCCCCUGUCAAUGCGCUGAAGCGUGACACUGGUCAGCUGGGACCAGCUGCUCUAUCUAUGACAGGAUUAGGGUUAAUGAGCCCCAACAACUUCCUGCUCAAUGGACAGCUGGGUAGCUCAGGUGUCAACGGCACCCACUGUGUGAGCGGUCAGAUUCUCAGCCACAACCACUGGCUACAGUCUAGUCCUAAUCCAGGUGUUUACAGCCCCCUGAUGGUGGUGACCCCAGCCACCAGCGUCCCCCCUGUAGAUAUGCUCAGCCCCAGCUCAAAUGGCUACCACCCUGACUUCUCUACCAGCGCUUUCAUCAGAGUCCCAACUCCAUUGGACCAUGGUCACAGCAGCAGCAACAGUGGCACCGCCAGCCCAACCAACUCCCCCUCCAACAGUCCAAUUCCUCUGUGUAGCACGGCAGCAGACUUGGCCAACUUACAGAAGCGUGGGACCCUGGGGGAGGCCCUGUCACAAAACACCAAUGGUCUGCUGGUGGGGGCCCUGCACCACCACCCCAAGCAGACCCUCCAGCAGAAGGUGCAGCACCAGACACUUGCGCACCAGACCCUGACGCACCAGACACAUGCGCACCACCACAGCUGUCACUCCCAGGACAUGCUCAACAAGACUUGCUCCCUGACCCAGCUCAGCUCACUCUCACAGAGUCCUGCCAACCCCCAGCUGUAUAAUGGACUGACCCACUCACACAUGUUAAAUGGUGAUAAAACUGGAGAGUCUAGCCCCGUGGACAUGUCAGAGAAACUGGCACCAGGGAUUGAGAGGAAAAACUCCAGCACUUCCCUGUUCAAUUCACCACUACAGUUUGGCUUUGAUUACGAACAGAAGAAAUUGUUAGCCAUGAAAGCCAUGCAGAAAAAACCUGAGGGUGAAUCUAGGAUCCCCACAGACAUCUGGGCUGGCAUGGGCUUCUCUAAGUCUAUGCCAGAGUCUGCCAUCAGGGACAAGCUGGGGCAGAUGGGCAUAAGUGCCAGGGUCACUGACACCAGCCUGCAUUCUGGGUUUGAGACAUCACGUCCAGAAAUUGACCUCAGUAUUGAUAAAGAUCUUUGGAGUGAAGAGCCAAGUCCCGAGAGAGUGGUCAACAACCGUCCACUCAACAAGGCUCCAGGAGAGUAUCCAAGUCCCAGAAAAAAAUUUCAAUAUGGCCUCAGCCAUAGCAACCACGUGGACAGUGCCAGUCUGCCCAACAGUAAAGCCAUCUGGUCAACAAAAACUGACCUGGCUGAACUUUUUAGUGCCCUCAGCCUGGGCAAGUACACAGACUUGUUUCAGCAACAAGAAAUUGAUCUCUGCACAUUUCUCACACUAUCUGACCAUGACCUGAGAGAACUUGGAAUCUCAACAUUUGGUGCUAGAAGAAAAAUGUUGUUAGCUAUUGCAGAUUUGAACAAACGCGGCACUCUGCUGCCUGCUGCAAGUUCAAGGACAUCCUCCAUGGGUCAUGUGGCCUCCAGCCCCCAGGGUCCAGACAGGGAGUUGUCCAGCGGCAGCAGUGAGCUGUUCCCCUCCCCCAACCCCACCCCUUCUCUGAUGAGUGCUCGCGGUGGCCCUGACCUUGGUAGCCUUAACGGUCACUGGUGAAAGUCUCAAAAAACCAGCAAACAGGGUAGAUAACUGUGUGACAAUUUCAAUCCUCCGUCCAAUGAAGCUCAUUUCAAACAGCAAUCAAUAACAGUCAGCUGGUCAUGUGACCUAACUUGUUGAUCAGCUGGUGUUUUGUCUCUCGUGAGAGAAGGUCAUUCAGUUGUUUUUUUUAUAACGUAACAACUCAUAGGACGAAAUUUUAUUGAAUGGAUGCUCUUGUUCCCAUGACAACAAUCUUGCUCAAAUUUGAGCAGUGGAUCUUGCUUGAUGUUGGUUUUUUUUAUUGUUAACUUUUUCUAUUUCCUGUUAUUGUUUUAAGUUUAAAAAAUUUAAACUUUUUGACUCAAAAAAUUACUUUGAAAAAAAGUAAAUUCUGCUGUUAGAUUAAAGGAGUUAUUGUUAAUUUGUUGUGGAGCCAUCCAUUUAUGAUAUCCACAUUAAUCCCCUUCAAACAAUGCCCCCACUCCAGAAUUUAUUAUCCUUAUAAAACUAAUCUAUAAGUAGCCCAGAAUUUUUAAAAUGUAAUCUCUGAUGUUUCAAUCAGAAACAUUUUGUAUUGAGAUAAAUUGUUUUCUUUUUUGUUGCUUAUAAGUUUAUUGAUUCAGCAUGUGGACUUCCACAUAGGCCUAAUAACACCACCCCAGUCAUCGCAAGUCAGCAAUGGCUGACCAUCAAACUCAUCACACCACCCCCCUCCAUGUGGAUGCCAUAAAUGGACUUGCCCCCGUUCUGUUGUUAGAAAACAUCAGAUGGCAUUUUAUUUUUUUUAUCUUCACAAAUUAUGCAAUGUCUUAUUCAUUUUCUACGUUUGUGUUGAUGAGAGCAGUAUUUUUCUAUCCAAAUUGCUGGAUACAAUUGUAAAUUUGAUAAAGCUGCCUAAAGGUGCUGCUGACCAAACUUUGUGCCAACUAUUUAUUAUUUUAUUAAAAGUUAAAUUGCAUUUUUGACUCUUAGUUUUACUAAAGGUGAUUCAUUUCUUUUUAUGCAGCAGUGACUAAUAAUAAUUUUUCAUGUACAGUUUUAUCACUUUUUAAAAAUAAAAAUUUUAAAGCUUUUUAAUGUAUUAUCAAAAUGACAUUUUCAACCUUUUGGACUUAAAUAAUUGGGUUUUUAGGAACAAGCUAAUUCACAUAAUCCCUAAUCAUUUGAAACUACUUUUUAAAAUAACUGUAUAACUGGCUGUUUUCUUCACAUUUAAAGUUCUCUAAUACUAAUACAUUUCAUCUUUUACAUGUAAAUCUUAGAUUUAAACCACUGACAAUAAGUUGUUUCCCUUUUGUUUAAACCUCUUGGUUAAUUCCCUUAAAAUUGUAUUAAAACCACAUAUGUUGUUUCCUUUACAUAACAUCUAAACCACAAGUUUUUCUCUUAAUUUUACCACACUGAAAUUACUUAUUUAUAAAUAUUUCCAGAAAAAUGUAUCAUUUAAUUCAAACCACUUGAAUUUUUCCUUGACAUUACAAAAAAAAAACCCACUUAAAUCCAAAGUUACCUUUCUCUCGCUUCUACUACACAUAAAUAGAAUUUUUAAAAAAAUCUAUAAUGUAGCAAAGAGUUAGAUUGCCUAUUUUAAUUUUCCUAUACGCACUUGAAAGGUUAGUGAAGCUUUGUACCAGUGCUGGCCUGUCUGUCUGGUCAUUUGAUAAGUCAACUCAUGUUUUUUUUAUUAAUUUCUUAACACAUUUGACAAUAUAAGUCAAUUCAUGGUUGUUGGUUUUUUUAAUACUUUUAAUGGAGUUACACUUUUUUUUUUAAUAAGCUGUGGUAAAUUAAAUGUUAGACAUGAAUAUCAGACUGCUUGAUCAGUCACAGGAUUUGUUGAUAACUCCUCGCACAUCUCUCUCCACAGUUUUAGUUACAUUUUUCUAGUGGUUGUCAGGAUGUAUUCUCCUUUGUUAUACCAUUUGUUAUUUUUAUCCACUCAUUAUUUUAAGCAGCAGUCUUUUUUUAUUAAAAAUUGUUGUUGAGUUUCUACACUAGGGAAAUGUAGAACUGGCUUCCAUCUUGGUUUCCGAGGAAGCGCAAACAAAACUUGGUGAUAACUUCCUGUCUCACAUAGAUUACUCCCCUUACAAGCUGUGGUAUUUUACAUACAGCCAAAUGGUUGGCAAGUCACACAGACUCAUUUUUACAAUAUAUCUGUAUAUAACAAUGCAUGUUUAUAUAACUGUGAUCAUUUUUCCUUUGGUGCUGUAUCCCAAUUUGUAAAUAUAUUAACUUUUCCGUCCCAAUAUAGCAACAGAAACAAUAUAUCGGUUUGUUUAAAUAGAAUGUGUUUAUGAAGUGGUUGGGAAAGUUGGUGUAAUUAUCCAACUAGAUGAUUCCAUAACUUGUUAUUGAUGAUGUAAGAUGCUGAUGGUUUUUGGGACUAGAGUGUUUGUCCAUAGUUGUAUAUACCAAAUGUUUUUAUUUCUGUAUGCUCAAAUACAAACAAAUAACCAAGUUUAUGUUGUUUAACUCAAUAAUUCAUUUUAAAAUUUUUGGUUCAAUUUUUCAAUGUUGUUACCCCAAGCAAGAUCCACCGCGCCCACCCCAGCCCUCAUGUUCUCAACAACCUGGUUCAUUAUCUAGAGCUCGUUAGACUCGACAUUCCUAACUUUGACGAAUGGUAAUUAAUUAUCUGCACCCCAAACUACAUUCAAUCUUAAAUUUUUUCACUUAGAAUCUAUUUCAAGUUUGAUGUUAUAUCUAUUUGAAUGUAGUGUACUUUUAAAAAUUAAAAACUUUUUUUAUUUGAUAAAAAACUUGUAAUUUUCACUCAAAAUUUUAAUUACCAUUUAAUUAUUUUUGCUGUCUGUUAGUGUUAUAAAGCUAUUUCAAGAGAAAAAAUGAAGCUUUUGACUAAUGUACCUAUAUAAGUUAUAAUGGUUAGUGGGAAAAAUCUGCAGUAUUACCCAACAAAUAAGGGGGUUUUCCUCACAAAUUGCCAUGAUAAGAAAAAAAACACAUUGACAAAUGUAUUCUUUUGAAGCACUAUGAACUGCGAUUAGGUUGAAAACAUGAUGGUCCAUGAAGCUUUAUAAGAUUGGCUUUACCAAUGACACAAUCCACACAGGCUGUGGGGAAGAGGCUGGCAGCUCACCCACACAAUCACUGGAGCAUUUACCAAAAAAACAAGUCCAAAAUUAUUUUUUCUAAAGAACCUAUUGAAAUUAAUUCUUUUAAAUUUGGCUUUGCUGAGGUCUACAGUUUCUGGCCAGUGAAAUGUGGUGCUUGAGCUGCCUGCUUAGAGCAGCCAAAGUCAUUCUAAGGUUUUUCUAAUGUUGUCAUGUAUGAAUGGUAUGAUUCUGAUGUUGUCUUUGGGUCACUGCUGCUAUGAAUAGCUUACAGAUGUUAAUUCUAAUAUGCUUGUUUUAAAGUAGAAUUUUGAUUAUUUUUGUCUGAGGGUUCAACUUUUUUUUUUUUAUGAUUAAGAUUUUAGUUGUAGAUCCGUCCAUUUUCACCAGCUAGUAUUAUUUGAGCUGUUUUAAAUCUUAUUUGAUUUAUUUCUUUUUGUCUUAAAUUUAGUUGAGAAAAUCUUCAGAUGAGAAGUGAUAUGAAUUAUGCAAUUACAGAAAUACAUUUUAAAACAUUCUUUGUUUUAUUCUUGUUUUUAAAAAUUGUGCAUAAAGUACAUUUUUAGACCAAAAACAUAUUAGUUAUCUUUACAAGCUCCUUAAAGUUCAUGGAUUACCUAGUAAUUACUGACUCUAUAUAAGGCACAAUUUUAGUUGAGGAAAUUUUUUUACAAAAUACAUUCUAAACAGUUAUUAAUGUUACAUUUAUAUAAAUACAUUUG